AUGGCGCUCGAUAACUUCUACCACAACAAAAUCGAAUCGUUGAAGCUCGAAAUCAUACACGGACAAGCAGUCCUGCGGCGAUUAGAAGCACAGAGAAAUGACUACAACUCGAGAGUGCGGCUGUUGCGAGAAGAACUCGGUCUGCUGCAACAGCCAGGCUCAUACGUCGGAGAGGUGGUGAAGGUGAUGGGCACGAAGAAGGUGCUGGUGAAGGUCCACCCAGAGGGCAAAUAUGUUGUCGACAUUGCCGACAGCGUCGACAUUGCCAAACUCACAGUCGGAAAGCGAGUGUCGUUACUAUCAGACUCAUACAAGCUCGAGAAGAUGCUGCCUUCCUCCGUCGAUCCUCUCGUGUCCCUCAUGAUGGUGGAGAAGGUGCCAGACUCAACAUACGACAUGAUUGGAGGUCUCGACCAGCAGAUCAAAGAGAUCAAGGAAGUCAUUGAACUCGGCCUCAACCACCCAGAACUCUUCGAGUCGCUAGGCAUUGCACAACCCAAAGGUGUCCUACUUUACGGACCUCCGGGUACAGGCAAGACGCUGCUUGCACGUGCCGUCGCUCAUCACGCCGACUGCAAAUUCAUAAGAGUUUCAGGGUCAGAACUGGUACAGAAAUACAUCGGUGAGGGCAGUCGAAUGGUCAGAGAGCUCUUUGUCAUGGCUCGAGAGCAUGCGCCUUCCAUCAUCUUCAUGGACGAGAUUGAUUCAAUCGGCUCAUCACGUGUGGAGGGCUCUAGCGGUGGCGAUUCGGAAGUGCAGCGAACCAUGUUGGAGCUGUUGAAUCAGCUGGACGGUUUUGAGCCGACAAAGAACAUCAAGGUUAUCAUGGCCACGAAUCGAUUGGACAUCCUCGAUCCUGCGCUAUUGCGGCCAGGCCGGAUAGACCGCAAGAUUGAAUUUCCACCACCAACGGUCGAGGCUAGAGCAGAUAUCUUGAAGAUCCAUUCACGAUCCAUGAACCUAACAAGAGGGAUCGACCUGAAGAAGAUCGCUGAGAAGAUGAAUGGUUGCUCUGGUGCAGAACUGAAGGGUGUAUGCACCGAAGCCGGUAUGUUCGCUCUGCGCGAGCGGAGAGUGCACGUCACACAAGAAGACUUUGACCUCGCGACUGCCAAGGUACUCAACAAAGCCAAUGACAAAGAAGUGUCACUAGGGAAGCUUUGGAAGUAG